UGUAAAUAUAGCAACUGCGGUGAAAGGGAUCGCGGUUUUGUAAAAACAGUUCUCUUCAUUCUGAGGAUGUCGGAGUGGAACUGGCAGGAUGAGGAGAUCCGGGAGCUCCUCCUCAUCCGCGCCGAUGAGGACAUUUGCCGCCAGGUGUCCGGGACGGUACGGGACGCGGCGGUUUAUAAAACCAUAUCCUCCCUGCUCUCCGCCCGCGGCAUUCGCCGCACCAAGGCGCAGGUCCACAGCAAACUGCGAUGGUUAAAGAAGAAAUUCAACGCCGUGCACAACACCGUGCACGACAAGAGCAGAGGAACUGGAGCCGCGGUUGGACAGACGGACUGGAGGUUUUAUGAUCAGUGCCGGACCAUCUGGGGGGACGGACCACCCGCUGACCCGGCGUCCGUCUCCGGGAACGUGGCGCGUCCCGUUCAGCAGCGGAGGACCGUGGAGGAAGAGGAGGAGGAAGAAGAGGAGGAAGAGGAGAAUGACGAAGAGGACUGUCAGGUGUCCUCAGGCUCCUGCGGUUCUCCAUCCGAGACCCGAGUCGUCGUCCUUCCGGAGACCGGGAGACAGCCGCGUCACCCAGAUCCAGUCAGACCAAUGCACCACACAAACGCAAAAAAAAAAAAGAAGACCAAGAUGGAGCAGGCCACUGAGACUAUGACAUCCGCCAUCUUCCAGCUGUUGAAAGAGAUGGACCAGAGGUUCCAAGACCAGGAAGACUUGCGAGCCCGUCAGUACAUGGACUUUGAACGGGAGCAGCGAGAAGCAACGCACAAUUCAUUAAUGGCUCUUCAGAUGGCAAUGUGCAGAGAGAUGAGAGCCAUGCAGACAGCUCUCUGUGACCGGCUUCUAGCCAGGAUGCCAACUGCUGCAGCAGCUGCCAUGCCCCAGUAUGCAGACAAUUCAUUUUCACAGUUCAUGUCACAUGAUGGACAGGGAAGUGACGUUACGGAAGUGAUCAUAGGACGGGAAGUUGUCUGAUGUAACUGAAAUCUAUCGAUUCUGUUAGUUGUAAUUUAAGGUGUCUUGAUGCAUGCUCAAUAAUCCAGAUAAGAAAAUCAAAGGUUGAAUCAGUUCAUUUGGAUACAACAUUUAUUGACGGAUACAUUUCAUCACUCAAAUAAGUGACAUCUUAAGUCCAUACUGACUGCAGGUAUCCCCACCCCUUAUAAACAGUUUCAUAACGACUGAAACCAACGACCAGUUUCAUAUGCAGAUAUGGGUAUGACUAUUAACUAGAGUUUCGAUGGCCAUGCUAUUCACAGACGAUUUGUGAAUGUUUGCAAUCACAGCAUUGUAAGAUGAUGACAGAUGCAUAACAACAGAAACCAAUGAUCAGUUUCAUGUGCAAAUAUGGGUGUGAUCAUUAACUAGAGUUUCAAUGGCCAUGUGUAGUAUUCACAGAGGAUUUGGGAAUGUUUGCAGUUGCAGCAGUGUAAAAUGGUGACAGAUGUACUCUUAGGCCCCCCUCUCAGUUCAGAGAUUGUUGUUCCCUCUUAACAUAAAUGGCCUCUUUGACUCCCCAUUUGGUCAUUUAAGGUGGCUUUCUAAGUAGAAAAUUGACAUGUUGGUCCAAAAGGUGGGCUUAUCAACAAUCCCAGGAUUGUAAAUACAGGAAAAUUGUAGGACUGUGGUGUGAAAUAGUUGUUAGUCUGAGUUGAGGAAGUGUGUGAUAGAGGGGAAGUGUGUUCUGGAGAGUUGGUCUGGCCAAUGGAUCAAACCUACUUAUUUCAUGUUUCUUCUCUUUCUUGAGUGCAUGUGAUUAUGUUUACACUGGCAUGAAAAUGUGUGAUUUCCGUGUGCCUAGGCUGAUUUCCAUGUGACUAUGAGCACAUGCUAGGUUACGGAAUGAGACCCACAUGGCUGCAUGGUUUUCUAUGUAACAGUCACCAUUUGGCCAUUAAUGCCAUUGUAUCAGAAUGACCAGUCAGACUAGUCAAAUGAAAUCAAUCAGUCAAUCAGAUUUUAUUUGUAUAGCACGUUUCAUACAAACAAAGUGCUUCACACAAUAAAACAA